AUGGCGGAGCACGGCAGCGCUGCCGUCAAUGACGGCGAAACAGGACCGCAACAAAGCGAACGCCACCACGUUAACAACGACAACAACGCGAAGAGUAUAGAUCCUGAGUUGUUCUGCUGUUUGCUUCAGCCAGCCACCGCCGACACCGAUCCCCAGUACAUCGGCAUGCGCCGCCUCCUCCUUCAUCGGAAGGCGGAGGCCGGAGAUCUCCGCCGCCUAGAUUGGAGAUGCAAUGGGAAAACUUACGUGGCAUACCGGAAUUACAUAAGUAGGCCUAGAAACUGGGAAAGGGAUAGUUCACGUGCCCAUAGUCUCCAGAGUACUCCAGGAAACAGUAACCUAGGCACUAGGCUUUUGGCUGGGUGCGGCAAGCAUGCUGUUGUCAAGGAAGUGAUGAUUGUGCUUCGCUCAUAUGCUGAUCUGCAAAAUGCAAAUCCAGUAUAUAAUCAUAGAUCAAGUUUUGGCUCAACUGCAAGUGAUUCUGAUCGUCCUAAACACCGUGGGGCUGAGUCUGCUUAUUCUUUUGUUGGAAUGCAUUGUAUCUUUGAUAAGUGCAAAACCGCUGUUACGGUAUUGAAGUUUGGGCACAUGAGUUCUGAACUACUUGCUUAUGGGGCAGCGGAUGGAACCUUGACUGUGUGCAGUGUAUCAGAGAAUCCUUCAGUCAUCAAACAAUUAGAAGGGCAUUCCAAAGACGUGACAGAUUUUGAUUUUUCAUCAAACAAUCAAUACAUUGCAUCGUCUUCAUUGGAUAAAACUGUGAGAGUAUGGGAGAUAGCGAAAGAGGUUCUAAUAGCCAUUCUUUACGCCAAAGGAGGUGAUAAAAUUGACUUUCCUAGAUUGAAGAUGGCUAGAUUUUUUAUGGAUAGAGAAAAUGAUGAGCUUGACCGUGGAGUUACCUCUUUGGACCAUGACCAUACAGGACUUCUCAUAUUUUGUGGAGAUGCCCAGGGGUGUAUAUACUCAGUAAAUAUGAACUCUCACACUGGUGUAUUAUCUCGAUCGCAUCAUUUUCGAAAUAGUAGCAGGCAGAAAUCUCCUGUUACCACCGUGCAGUACAGGAGUUUCUCUCUACUCGCUGGCGGACCUGUGUUAUUGACAUGUACCCAGGAUGGAAACCUGUCUUUCUUCAGUGUGGCUUUGGAGAUAAAUGGCUAUUUAUCUCUUCGAUGCUCACUAAAAUUAGCUCCACGUAUUCGCAAAAUUCAAGCUUCUUUCUGUCCUCUCCUAUCCCUUGAAAAAGGAGAAUUCAUAGUUGCUGGAAGUGAGGACUCAAAUGUCUAUUUUUAUGAUUUAACUCGGCCAAAAAAUACAUGCGUGAACAAGCUACAGGGUCAUCGGUUUCCUGUAAUGGGUAUUGCCUGGAACCAUGGAGAAAAUUUAUUGGCUUCAUCUGAUUUUUUUGGCGUAGUAAUUGUGUGGAAGAGAGAAAGAACAAAUCAAAAGAAAAACAUACAACAAUAG